AUGGCUAUAAGGUCCAUUCUCUUCAUUUCCCUGGCGGUUGCUAUAAUGGCAAUCCCAAUUGCAGAAGCCCAAUUAGGAGGACUCAUCAGUGGCCUCCUUGGUUCUAUUAAUGUCAAAGGCAUUGUAUUCUGCACUCUUGAUGGCAACAUUGGCAUCAAUGGCACCGCUACCCCCGUUUUUUCGAAUGCAUUAGUGCAAUUGCAGUGCGGAAAUGGAGAUGUGGUGUCUACUACAACAACGAACAGCGCAGGAGUGUUUGGUUUUGUUUUGGAUCCUCUUCAAAUGUUACUUUCUUCUUUAACAACCAAUUGCAGCGUGGCUGUGAAGACUCCACUCUCAACAUGCAACGUCAACCUGCCUUCCGUCGGAGGCCUGCAAUCACCGCUCAAAUACGUGGGAGACACCGUUCUGGGACUUCUCAACAUCGCAAACUUGAUUCCUUCAGGAUUCCGACUUAUUCCUGGCCUCGCCAACUAG